UAUAUUUCUCGCGGUUGAGCUGAACGGACGUCUUUUGUGCGCGAAAGUUUAGUGGUGAAAAAAACUUGUAGAAAAUGAAGUUCCAACUGGCUUUGUGCCUGGUCGCCAUUGCGGCCGGCGUUGUGGUUGCUGAUGAAAGCAAAGGACCCAAAGUGACCGACAAGGUUUUCUUUGACAUCACCAUUGGCGGCGAGGCGGCCGGUCGCAUCGAGAUCGGUUUGUUUGGCAAAACUGUGGAAAAGACCGUGAGGAACUUCAAGGAGCUGGCCGAGAAGCCGCAAGGCGAGGGCUACAAGGGCAGCAAGUUCCAUCGCAUCAUCAAGGACUUUAUGAUCCAGGGCGGAGAUUUCACCAAGGGCGACGGCACCGGCGGACGCUCCAUCUACGGCGAACGCUUCGAGGACGAGAACUUCAAGCUGAAGCACUAUGGCGCCGGCUGGCUGAGCAUGGCCAAUGCUGGCAAGGACACAAACGGCUCCCAGUUCUUUAUCACAACCAAGCAGACCAGCUGGCUGGAUGGACGUCACGUUGUCUUUGGCAAAAUCCUGUCCGGCAUGGAUGUGGUGCGCAAAAUUGAGGCCAGCGCCACGGAUGCACGCGAUCGUCCCGUCAAGGAUGUCGUGAUUGCCGACAGUGGCACCAUCCCCGUCGCCGAGCCCUUCGCCGUUUCCAAGACUGAUGCCACAGAUUAAGCAGAAACAUAAUAAAAAUAUACAUGCGUACAUAUA